CGGGUUCACUGUCGCUGGUGUACUCGUGUUGUGGUGUGUAAACAACAACAACAACAGCUGCUGUUGUUAUUUAGAAAGAAGCCGCCGCUGCUGGUCAUUGCCCGGAACGUUGCCUGUUAACAAAAAAAAAACGAGAAACAACCCGAAGAUCGCAAGCUGCGGAUCUUCACGCUGCACGGCCAUUGUCACUAUUGUCAUAAUGAGAUUAGGAAGCUUCCUCACCAUGGGCUGCAGUGACCGUCUCUCCCUUCUGCUCCUGGCCGUCGCCCUGUCUUCUACUCUGAACGUCAGAGCAAAGGAGACGUCGGCCCUUGUGCUGGUUGAGGCGAACGUUGAGGAUGGUCCGGAAGCGAAUGAUGCAACAGUCACCACGGAGAUGGAGCAGCAGGAGGAGGAGUAUAACCCGGAGGUGUUUCACCCCACAAGUGAAUGGCAGUCACUGAAGCCAGGCCAAGCGGUACCAGCUGGCUUGCACAUCAGGCUCAACCUUCAGACAGGCGAGAGGGAGGCUAAGUUGCUGGACGAAGCUGACGGACGCAAUCAUGGAGAGAAUAAGGAUGACCGCAAGCAGAGAGACAAGAAGGGCAGCCUGGAUGUGGAGGCCGGCUCCUACACGGCCACGGAGCUCAAGGAGGCGCUCAAGAAGUUCAAGUACUCGGACCCAGAUGCCGCGGCUGCCAAGGCGCACGCAGACGAAGUCAAGAAAAAAUUCCGUUCGAUGGACGAGAUCAAGAAAGACUUCGAUGAGAUGCACGUGAAGGCCGAGUCGGACUCGCAGAUCAUGCGCAAACUGCUGGCCACGUUCUCGCAGCCCGACGCCCCCGUGACGGAGCGCAGUGCCGCCCUCUUCGACCUGGAGUACUACGUGCACCAGGUGGACAAUGCCCGGGAUCUGGCGACGCUGGGAGGCCUCCAGAAACUUGUCAACGCCCUCAACUCCUCCGAGCCUGAGAUUCGGAAAAACGCAGCUUUUGUGCUGGGAUCGGCCAUGUCCGGGAAUCCUCCGGUGCAGGUUGAGGCAGUGGAUGGGGGCCUCUUGCAGAAGCUCGUCACCGCCCUCGCCACAGAGCAGCAGCUGCCUGUCACCAAGAAGGCGCUGUACGCCCUUGCGGCGGCGCUGCGCCACUUCCCGUACGCGCAGCAGCGCUUCCUGUCGCUGGGCGGCCUCUCCGCGCUCGGCCGGAUCUUCGACGGCGAAGGCACGCGCUCGCUGAGGUUCAAGGUGCUGACGCUGAUCGGGGACAUGCUCAACGAGAAGAGCCAGCUGGAGUCGACCUCCGGUGACGAGACUGAGCGGGAGCGGCACGCCGAGCGCCUGGAGCAGUACCGCCGCAUGGCCCUGGCGCCGGCGCUCGCCUCGCUCGGCUGGUGCGACAUGGCGGCGCCCCUCCUGUCCGAUGGCGACGCCAGCCCCGACCACGACUCGCGCGAGAAGGCCCUGGCGGCCGUGCUGGCGCUGAUGCCCGCGUGCCGCGACGCGUUCCUGGAGCCGGAGCGGAGCCACGCGCUGGCGCGGAGGCUGGCGCUGCUCCGCGACGAGUACCGCCGUCUGGCGCGGCAGGAGGCGGCCGAGGGAGACGCGGACGGGUACUUCGACGGCAUGCUGAACGACGUGGAGAAGCUGGCGGCCGAACUUGACCCCGCGACGACGGUAGCCUCGAGCGAUUGACCCCCCCAACUCCCCCGUCGCUGGGAUUGAAUCUUAAGUUAUGAUUGUCGUGUGCGGUGAGCUCGAGUGGUUGCCUGUUAAUGAGCGUUUGUGAUGGCGACGUGAGGCCGUGUUUUCCGCUUUCACUAAUUGCGUACCCCUUUGUUUCUUCCUUGAAAAGCCGCCAUUGUCUUUUCAAGGAAGAAGUGAGCGAAUGAUUUAAUUUUUUGAGUGGGGACUGUUUGUAGAAUUCCGAUGGCAGCGUGCACUGCCACAGCAAACGCUGAACGAGCACCGUGCGAACAAUUCGAGAACGAGGCCCUUGUAUGUACGUUGAAGUGUAAUGACGCCAAUAAAUAUUUGAAGCGC